AUGAAUAUUAAGUCGGUCUCGCGCGUUGAGCCCGAACCGCAUAUCGUGAAAUCCAACUGGCGGCGAAAGCACGAGGAUUUCAUAAACGCCAUACGCUCGGCAAAACAGAUGCAGGUCCACCUGGCGAGCGGUGGCAAGCUUAGUGACCUUGCGAUCUCGCCCCCGAGCGACAACAGUGACUACGUCAAGUGCCCGCACUGCUCGAGACGCUUCAGCCAGACGGUGGCCAGCCGCCACAUACCCAAGUGCAACAGUAUGCAGAGUAACAAACCCGGCCUGCGCAACACCUUCAAGGCCAAACAUUAA